CAAGCUUUUUACAUAGAACCACAGCAGCUGUUGUAACCAGUGAGAGUAAGUGAGUAAACUGAGACAGAUUUUUGGGACAUUUUCUUUACUUAUUUUUGCCCAAACAGGAAAAAAAAAAACAAGCAUGUCUUUGGAGGUGAAGGAGAAGACCCAGGUGCGUCUAGUGUUUCUGGGGGCUGCAGGAGUGGGCAAGACAGCCCUGAUUCAACGCUUCCUCCAAGACACGUUUGAACCCAAACACCGGCGCACAGUGGAGGAGCUGCACAGCAAAGAGUAUGACAUCGCUGGGGUCAAGAUCACAGUAGAGAUCCUGGACACCAGUGGCAGCUACUCCUUCCCAGCAAUGCGCAAGCUCUCCAUCCAAAACAGCGACGCCUUCGCUCUGGUGUACGCUGUUGACGACCCAGAGUCACUGGAGGCUGUCAAGAGCCUCCGAGAUGAGAUUCUGGAGAUCAAGGAGGACAAGUACACACCAAUUGUGGUGGUGGGGAACAAAGUGGACCAGGAGCGGCAGGUGUCCAACGAUGACGUGCUGUCAACUGUAGAGCUGGACUGGAACAACAGUUACCUGGAAGCUUCCGCGAAGGAGAACUCCAACGUGGUGGAGGUGUUCAAGGAGCUCCUGCAGCAGGCGAACCUUCCCAGCCGGCUCAGCCCUGCUCUACGCAGACGCAGGGAGACCUUUCCGAAAGACACCAACUUCCGGCCGCCCAUGAACAAGACCAAUAGCUGUAUUCUGUCGUAACGGAGACGGAGGGAGAAGGAGUGUCGUUUCUAUCACGAAGGGACACGGGAUGAGGAUGGAGGGUAUGCUGUGCAACUCAGUGCACAGAGAGAAAGAGUGAAGAGAAAAGCCUGGACUUUAGUCAGUGUGGGUUGCCUGACUGAGGAUUAGUGGUUCUGGACCAACAAAGACACUUCAGGGUUCACAAUUGAGAAGAAAAUAAAAUAACGAGGUGAAUGGUAGGAAGUGUGAACUUGAACAGACUACCAGUGGAAAGAAGGAAGAUAAAUUAACCACUUAAGUUGUUUACUUAACGUAAUGUUGCUGCUUAUUUUGUGAGAUGCUGCUAGUGUUUAGAUCAAUAUGUAGCUUCUGGAUUUCAAAUUAAAAUGUUCACUUACAUCAAGAUAUUUGGACUGUUGCUCACAGAUUGUUUACUGAGAGAAAGUAUGUAUAUGUAUUGUGGUUCAUGCAAAAGUCUCAUGUAAAUUGUUUUAAUUUAAAAAUUCACCUGUACCACAUCAUGUUUACAUUUUUUGUAUUCAAUUACAAUUUGCUAUUAAGCAUGGCAUUGCUCUUGUUUUUUACAUGCAA